CAUCAACGAAGGCGGGAGGCCGGGGUGGAGGGAAACCGGGAACCGGAAGUGAAGGCAGAUUCCCUUCUUCGUCGCUGUUGCAGCCGCCAUACGUCUUUGCCUUGCUCAGCUCUUCUGUCAGAAACUAGUGUGUUUCUUUUCCUCUUCUGUUCCUCAAGCCCCCCCUCCCCUUCCUCCUCUUGUCUUCCUUUAUUCUGCGUUAACCCAUCUGGAGACCCUUCCCCUUCGCCUGCCGGCUCAGUUAUGGCGGAGAACGAUGUGGACAAUGAGCUCUUGGAUUAUGAAGAUGAUGAGGUGGAGACGGCAGCUGGGGGAGAUGGGGCUGAGGCCCCUGCCAAGAAGGAUGUCAAGGGCUCCUAUGUCUCCAUCCACAGCUCUGGCUUUCGUGACUUCCUGCUCAAGCCAGAGUUGCUCCGGGCCAUUGUUGACUGUGGCUUUGAGCAUCCGUCAGAAGUCCAGCAUGAGUGCAUCCCUCAGGCCAUCCUGGGAAUGGAUGUCCUAUGCCAGGCCAAGUCAGGCAUGGGAAAGACAGCGGUGUUUGUGCUGGCUACACUGCAACAAUUGGAGCCAGUUACUGGACAGGUGUCUGUACUGGUGAUGUGUCACACUCGGGAGUUGGCUUUUCAGAUCAGCAAGGAGUAUGAGCGCUUCUCCAAAUACAUGCCCAGCGUCAAGGUCGCAGUGUUUUUUGGUGGUCUGUCUAUCAAGAAGGAUGAAGAGGUGCUGAAGAAGAACUGCCCGCAUAUCGUCGUGGGGACCCCUGGCCGCAUCCUAGCCCUGGCUCGAAAUAAGAGCCUCAACCUCAAACACAUAAAACACUUUAUCUUGGAUGAAUGCGAUAAGAUGCUUGAACAACUCGACAUGCGUCGGGAUGUCCAGGAAAUUUUUCGCAUGACCCCCCAUGAGAAGCAGGUCAUGAUGUUCAGUGCUACCUUGAGCAAAGAGAUUCGUCCAGUCUGCCGCAAGUUCAUGCAAGACCCUCCUCCCGUCUUCGUGGAUGAUGAGACGAAGCUGACGCUGCAUGGAUUGCAGCAGUACUACGUGAAACUGAAGGACAACGAGAAGAACCGGAAGCUCUUUGACCUUCUGGAUGUCCUUGAAUUCAACCAGGUGGUGAUAUUUGUGAAGUCUGUGCAGCGUUGCAUUGCUCUGGCCCAGCUCCUAGUGGAGCAGAACUUCCCAGCCAUUGCCAUCCACCGCGGGAUGCCCCAGGAGGAGAGGCUUUCUCGGUAUCAGCAGUUUAAAGAUUUUCAACGACGGAUUCUCGUGGCUACCAACCUGUUUGGCCGAGGCAUGGACAUCGAGCGGGUGAACAUCGCCUUUAACUACGACAUGCCUGAGGAUUCAGACACCUACUUGCAUCGGGUGGCCAGAGCAGGCCGGUUUGGCACCAAGGGCUUGGCCAUCACAUUUGUGUCAGAUGAGAAUGAUGCCAAGAUCCUCAAUGAUGUGCAGGAUCGCUUUGAAGUCAAUAUAAGUGAGCUGCCUGAUGAGAUAGACAUCUCCUCCUACAUUGAACAGACACGGUAGAGGACUCACCCACCCAUUCUGGAAUGUGACAGUUCCUCUUCAGGAGACCAUACCAGGCGUGGGGGUGAAGGAGACACUACUGCUACCAACCCCGGACAGCCCCAGUCCCCCACCCCAUGACUUCCCUCUGGCAUCACCACCACUCCUAAAGCCCAUUUCCCUGAUUUGUCAGAAUUUUUUUUUUUUUUAACAAAACUAAAAAACUCAUGUGUCUGUGGUGUCUA